AUGUCGACGGACGAAGCAGCACAAAAUGGACGUCAAACAGAACUUGACGAGACAACGAAGGUUCCGACGGAGCCAGCUGCCAUGGCUGCGGGGAACAAGAAGCGACCACGACUGGAUCUGAAUGCCGCGGAAGGCAAUCGAGAACGCAAACGCGGUAAAAGCAUGUUUGGUAUCUUAGUUGGUACCCUUAACAAGGCCAAGAUCGAGGAUAAGGAGAGGAACGCCAGUGAAGCGGCCAAAAAACGACAAUUAAUUGAACAAAGACUACAAGCUAAGCUACGAAAAGAAACUGACUCCGUCAGACGAGCAGAGGAGGCGAAGAAAGACAAGACAACUGCUAACAGGCGGGAAGAAGAGCUGCAGCUGAAAGACUCCAUUUACAAACUCCGUCGGAAACGUCUACCGCUUCUCUCAAACUUUUUAUCCACAUCAGAUGACAUACCCUCCACGGAUUCGACCCCAACCCCUUCCGAAAAUCCAUUAGCCCCUGUGCCAAGGACUCAUCCGCCUCCCCUCUACUACCUCCCUGCCAUUCUAUUGCCCUCUCAAGAAGCAUUCAUAGCCCAGCGAAAGGCUGAGGUCCGAGAGGCAGCAGAAAAAGAAUGGGACCUCUUCCGGGAAGAACGCACGACUGGUAUCGAUGAGAUCGCCCAGCUCCGCCAACGCGUCGCAGAAGAAGAGGCUCGCAGAAAAACCGAGCGUGCGGCGGAUAAAGAGGACGCAGUGAUGGACACAGAGCCUCAGCUGGAGGGAGCGGCCUCUGCUCCUACUCCUUUGGAAGCGCCUUCCGCACUCCCCACAACGCGUGAAGCUGAUAUGGACGUGGACGAUGAGGGUGUCAGCAAGCAGGCCGAGCAGGAGAAGAAGGAGGAUUCUGCGUCCAUGCAAGCUGACGACGAUGAUGCUGUGGAGUAUUAG